AUGAAGCUGCUGGGAAACAGAAAAAGCAAGAAGAAAAAGCUGAGCCUCAAGUACAACAUUCAGAAGCGCAUUCGAGAGCACAAGAGGCGGGUCAAGAAGGAGGCCAAAAAGCUGGGGCUCAAGAAGCGCGUGAGAAAGGAUCCCGGGAUUCCCAACAGCCUGCCAUGGAAGGGCGAGCUGCUGGCGGACAUCGAAGCGAAGAAAGCAAAGCGGGAGGAAGCACUGACCCAGAAGAAGCAAGAGGCGCGAGAUCGAGUGAAGCAGGAGCGCCAGCAGAAGUUGAAGCAGCAGGAGGAGAUGUCUAAAGCAAAAGAGACGGAACGCCGUCAGAAGCGCGAGACGGAACGCCGUCAGAAGGGAGCUCCACUGGAUGUGGUGCGGCAUCUGCUGGACCACGUGGGCGCCCAGGCCCUGAUGCGUCACUAUCGGCUGCCGGGCUUCGAGGGCGCCGAAGGCUUCGUGCAGGCUUGGGCCAAGACCUGCAACAUCAAAACGAAGAAGGGCAAGAUGCCAGGCGUGGAAUCUGCUGCUCAGCUGUUCUUACUGCAGCUAGCGGCCACUCCUCCCGCCCAGCUCGAGGGCGACCAACGGCAGCAGCUGGAAGCGGUGAUGAAGGCUCAGUUGGAGCUCCUUCGUUCACGAGAUGCUCCUGCAGUUCGCGGCCUCCUGAAGGACCUCAUGGAGGGUGCAGACGAAGAUAAUGAUGAUGAUGAAUCGGACGACGGCUUUGAAGAAGGAGAGGAGGAAGAACUGGAGGGAGAAGAGGAGGAAGAGGAGGAAGAUGAUGAUAUGCAGGAUUGA